AUGUUUGAGAAUGAUUUGUCUUUUGUUGCUCCAACGCGGGUCUCACUUAACGUCAAAGAGUUGAAUAUACAUGCGAAGAAUGCAACAAUUGUGAACAACGUUUCGUUUUCGCUAGAUAGCGGGAAACUAAUGGCAAUUAUAGGUGGAUCUGGUUCGGGGAAAACUACCAUGCUUAACGUGUUAGCUGGUAAGACGAACUCAAGUAUAACUUAUGAUGGUACAGUUCUCUUUACUAGUAGUAAGGACAGUAUUAAAUCCGAUGAUUCCAGUGAAAUAAUUGUUGCUUAUCUGACCCAACACGAUGCUUUAGCAGCUAACCUAACAUGUAGGGAGACACUAAGAAUUGCAGCAGACUUAAAAUUACAGCUGACCAAGCAAGAGAGAUACGUGUUAGUUGAAGAAUUGAUUGCUGAAUUGGGUUUAAGAGAUUGUGCUGAUACUCAUGUUGGUGAUGCGCAUCACAAAGGUUUAUCUGGAGGUGAAAAGAGACGAUUAAGUAUAGCAGUGCAAAUGAUUGCCAAUCCAUCUGUGUUAUUUUUAGAUGAACCUACUACCGGUCUUGAUUCCUACUCAGCAUAUUUAUUAAUCAAAACUUUAAAGAAACUUUGUAAUAAUGGUGGGAGAACAAUCAUUAUGAGUAUCCACCAACCAAGAUCAGACAUUCUAUUUGCAUUAGAUCAAGUGUGCUUGUUAUCAAAAGGGUUUCCAAUGUAUUGCGGUCCUGUACCUGAGAUGAUAGAUUAUUUUUCAUCAUUGGGCUAUGAUGUGCCUGAACAAUGCAACCCUGCGGACUACUUUAUAGAUAUAUGCAGCAUCGACAACCGAUCAUCACAGUCACUGCAAAAUUCAGAGAAACGAUGGAGUUCAUUCGCCACUGAAUGGCAGAAAAAAUCCUCGGAAGUAUUAACAAAUGACUCAGAAAAAGAUAUAACGGUUUUAAACGUCGACCCUACCCCUCCAUCUGUUUCAACCUGGCAACAAAUAUGGGUUCUAACAAAGCGUAACCUGCUUUUGAAUAGUAGAGAUAAGAUGACUUUGAUUGCAGUCCAACUUGAGCCUGUAAUAGUUGGUGUUGUGGUUGGAUGGGUAUUUUACAAGCCUGAUAUGAAUUCUCAACUUGGACUAAGGUCAAUAGCAGGCGCUCUCUACAUUGUCGGUUCAAUUCAAGGUUAUUUGCUUCUUUUACUUGAAACAUACAGACUAUCUGAAAUUGAUGUCAAAGUGUAUGAUAGGGAACGAGCAGAAGGCUGUGUUUCAGCUUUCUCUUUCCUUAUGGCUAGAAGACUUUCAAAUCUAAUUCACGAGGAUAUUCUUAUCCCACUAAUAUUUGCUACUAUAACAUAUUUCAUGUUCGGGUUGCAGGCAGAUGCAAAAAAAUUCUUUACAUAUUAUGGAUUAACACUUGUAAGCCAUCAAACAUCUGUUUCCGUUGCAUAUAUGGCCGUUGCCAUAUCAAGGGACUUUUCCAAAGCUGGUCUUGUGGGAAAUUUAACAUUCACACUACAGUCAAUGGCAUGUGGUUUUUUUGUUAAUGCAAAAAAGAUGCCUGUAUAUGUUAGGUGGACCAAGUAUAUUGCUUAUUUGUUUUACACCUUCUCUGCUUUAAUGUCCAAUACAUUCUCAGAUUUUGGCUGCCAGAUAAGCGCCGGGGUAAAAAAGUGUGUGGGUAAUGAGUACAUCGAUACAUUUGGUAUACCAAAAAACUGGAUCAGCGUCCCAACUAUAAUAGUAUUCUGUUGGGCGAUUGGGUUUUAUGUAGUAGGACUUGCAUUUUUCCACUUCAAAACAGUAGACGUCACGUUGGCCAAACAAGUUACUAGAAGCAACAAAUCAGAGGAAGACGAAUCAGAUAAAGAGAGUACAGAUCUUUCUGAAGAUUCUAUUGAGCUGGAAGAAAAAUCUUUGCCUCUUACUAAUUCGGAUCAUUCUGAGAUAUCGAUCACUUUACAAGACAUAUCACUCUCGGUAGAGCAAAUUAAGCUAUUUCAACUGAAAGAUAAAAAGUUGACAACACAUGUGCACAAGGAUAUCCUAUGUUAUGUGAAUGCUGAUUUCAAACCAAAUACUAUUAAUGCGGUAAUGGGCCCAUCAGGAUCUGGCAAAACUUCUUUGCUAAACCUCAUAUCAGAUAGGGUAUACUCGAAUGUAUUCACUAAGUUCAAGAAGGAUGGGAAAAUCUUAUUCAAUGGUCGGCCAGUGACACAAAACAUGUUCAAAAGUAUCUGCAGCUAUGUGUCACAAGAUGAUAGCCACUUGCUCCCAAACUUGACUGUUUACGAAACCUUAAAAUAUGCGGCACUUUUAAGACUUUCCCACUUUAAAGAAGAUUUGGUAGAAGAUAGAGUAAACACAUUGAUUAAUGAUCUUGGUUUGAGAAAUUGUGCAAAUAACCUAGUUGGAAAUGAAUUAAUCAAGGGUAUUAGUGGUGGAGAGAAAAGACGUGUCUCAAUUGGUAUUCAAUUGUUAACGAAUCCUUCUAUACUUUUGCUUGAUGAACCAACAUCAGGAUUGGAUAGUUUCACUUCUUCAACGAUAAUUGAACUAUUGAAAAAGCUCUGUAAUCAAGGUAAGACGAUUAUCUUGACCAUUCAUCAGCCAAGAGCAGAAUUGUUUGCUGAUUUUGGAAACGUUUUACUUUUAGCCAAGGGCGGGCGUGUUGCCUAUAAUGGGGAACCAUUGGCUAUGGUAGAGUACUUCAAAGGUCGAGGGUUUACGUGCCCUCCCUUAACUAACAUUGCGGAUUAUUUGUUAGACGUCAUUUCUGUGAAUAUUCAAAACGAUAUAAACGAAGCGACUUCUAAGGAGAGGGUUAACGCACUUUUGGAGAAUUGGAGUAUGAUAAAUUCAGCAGCAGUUAAAAAUACCAGCCCCACAAUCACACACCACGAGUUCUUGGAACUAUUUUCCCAACACAUAAGACAUCAUGCAUCUUCUAUUGUAGCAUACAGGGUAUGUUUAUCCCGGCAAUUUAAAGUAAUAACCCGAAAUUUAGACUCUUGUUUCGCACGUUUGGCUCAAGUCCCUGGCAUGGCGGCGAUCUUAACCAUAUAUUUUGCUCCUUUGAAAAACAACUAUACUGGUGUGACAGAUAGGUUAGGACUAACCCAACAGUUCACCUCAUUGUACUUCUGUGGGAUGCUAGUGAAUCUUGCUGUUUAUCCAGCGGAGAGAGAUAACUUUUACCAGGAAUAUCAUGAUAAUGUAUAUGGAAUUGGCCCAUUUUUGUCUGCUUACAUGACAUUGGAAUUCCCUAUGGCAAUAGCGUCAGCCUUAAUAUUUUCUGCAUUGACUGUAAUGGGAACGGGCCUCCCAAGAACUGCUGAAAUGCUUUUCAUAUCUAUGUAUUGCUCAUUUGUGGUGACUACAUGUGGUGAAGCAUGGGGAAUUGUUGUGAAUACCCUUUUCGACAGACCAGGCUUCGUUGUUAACGUUGUUUCUAUCAUUUUGUCGAUAAGUUCCAUUAUGAGUGGUAUAUUGUCAUUGCAAAUGCCCAAGUUUUGGAAGGGGUUAAAUUAUACCAGCCCAGUACAUUAUACCAGUAUGAUAUUAAUAAAUUAUGCCUUCCCAGAUCACCUGAAAUUCAAUUGUAGAGAUGGAGGCAGAAACCCCGAUGGGUCGUGCAUAUUCUCUAACGGAAAAGACGUAAUCGAAAACUUUGGCCUCCACGUGAACACAUCUGUAUAUAUGGGUGCCUUGAUUUGCGUGUGGGUCAUCUACAGGGCGAUCCCGUAUUUCGUGCUCAAGAUCUAUUUGGAGUUAUUCAAAAGGUGA